AUGCCCGUCACUACGGAAGCCCUGGAUGCGAAGCUGCGGGCGGCGCUGCCGGUCGCGCACCUGGAGAUCGUGGACGAGUCGAGCGGGUGCGGGGAGAACUACAACGUGCUGAUCGUGAGCGAGGCGUUUGAAGGCAAGACGACGCUGGCGAGACAUCGCCUAGUGAACGAGCUGCUCAAGACGGAGAUCGCGCAGAUACACGCGUUCACGCAGGUCUGUCCAUCUAUGAGUUGA